CCUGCGUGAGACAGGGAUGAGCAGAGGGCAAGUGGGACCAGAAAGAGGAUGACACAGGGCUGGGGAGCCAGUUAUGAGAGCAGAGAGGUGGAGAGAAAUGGGAAGAGGAGACUGGAGAGAGGUGGGGAGAGAGGAUGCAGCAAGAGGUGGAGACCCUGUGCUCCUCCACCGUGGGCAACCCCAGCAUGUACAGGGAGGCAGGAGCCCUUCUUGUGGACCGAGAGACCCCAGAAGAGAUGCAGGUCCGGGGCCUGGGCAGGCCUGUCAAAUCCUCGAAGCAGUACCUGCGCCAGGUCAUUGCAGAAUAUGAAGCACUGGACCGAGAGCUCCCGUGCAUCCGGAAGUUCCCCAUACCACCCGCUGCCCAGCCUCUCUGUCUGUGCAUGGAGACCUCACCAGAGGAGGACCUUACCCACCUGGAGGUGCUGGAGGCUCUGGAGGCCGAGUUACCCGGAGCCAUGGAGGGCGGGCGCGUGAGCAACAUCCGCUUUGAAAAUAUGAAUGUCAUCUGUGGGACUGCGGGGCGCCGGGACAGGUGGCUCAUCACGGUCACGGACUUCCAGACUCGCUCGCGUCUGCUGCGCUCUGGCAUGUGCCUCCGCGGGGUCGCACGCCCGCUGGUGCGCCACGACGAGCUGCUGCUGGCGGAUUACCGCCUGCACCUGCGCCGCUCCCUCGUCCGGCAGCGCAUGCUCGAGGCGUUGGGGGCGGAGCCGACCGAGGAGGACUGACACGGAGGGGGCGGGCCCCGGCUGCGCUUCCACACCGCCCAGCGGGCUCGGGCGACCCUCCCCGAACCCCCGAGAGAAGGGGGCGUUGCCUCCCCAGGAAGGAGGCGGGGCCGGCUCGAGGGGGUGGAUACUGUGAGUUUAAUUAUAAAGAAUGACCUGGUACAAAA